AUGUCUAAAACCGUUUUGAUCACCGGCUGCAGCCAUGGAGGAUUCGGGGAGGCCAUGGCCAAAGUCUACCACGCCAAAGGCUUCCGGGUCUUUGCGACGGUGCGCAAGAUGACCAAAGCCGGAUCUCUGGCGGAUUACGAUGGGGUUGAGAUCAUCGAACUGGAUGUGACAUCGGUCGAGUCGAUUCGUCAAUGUACACAGACGGUUGCGAAACAUACGGGCGGGCGGCUCGAUGUCCUGGUCAACAACGCCGGCGUGAACGCCAUUGUGCCGCUUCUCGACGCCUCCCUCGACGAGGCGAAGAAUGUCUACGACACCAAUGUGUGGAGUAUUGUGGCCAUGGUGCAGGCGUUCGCCCCUAUGCUCAUUCAGGCCAAAGGGGUUGUCUGCAAUAUCAGCUCUGUGUCUGGCGAAAUGGUUUUUGCAUGGGCGGGUAUAUAUAGUAGCUCUAGAAGUGCUGGCACGCGGAUUUCUGAGACGCUGCGUCUGGAGAUGACACCCCUAGGCGUGCGGGUGGUCACCGUCAUCCUCGGCGGUGUCCAGACCAGAGGAAACGACCCCAACAACAUCGCCGACCUGGAGCUGCCCCCCGGUUCGCUGUACCGGAAGAUAUCACAGGUCAUUGAUCGUCAUAAGAAGACGAUGGUGCAUCCAAACAAACAGAAGAUCGACAUCGCAGCAAAGAACGUUGUGGACGAUCUCCUCAACGGUCAUGGCAUCUUCAUUCGACGGGGCCAGGCUUCGAUUCUGAGUUGGCUAUGCAACACCUUUCUUCCUUACAGGCUUUUUACUUGGAUGAUUAACCGGGAGUCGGCUUUGGAUCAAAUUUGA